CCACCCAGCAUGGCUGAGAAACCCCAAAUCCAGCUCUUCGUCAAGGCAAGCGAGGACGGGGAGAGCGUGGGCCACUGCCCUUUCUGCCAGCGGCUCUUCAUGGUGCUGCUGCUCAAAGGGGUGCCCUUUACCCUCACCACUGUGGAUGUGAAGAGGGCACUGGACGUGCUGAAGGACUUUGCGCCAGGUGCCCAGCUGCCCGUUCUGCUCUACAACGGAGACCCCAAGACCGACACUGUCAACAUCGAGGACUUUCUGGAGGACAGGCUGGCCCCCCCCAUGUUCCCCAGCCUGGUCCCACAGUACAAGGAGUCAAGGUUGGCUGGAAAUGACAUCUUCCACAAGUUCUCCACCUUCAUCAAGAACCCAGUGCCUGCCCAGGACGAGGCACUGCAGCGAAGCCUGCUGAGGGCCCUGCUGAAGCUGGACGAGUACCUGAGUGCCCCCCUGGAGUAUGAGCUGGCCCGUGAGCCCCACCUCCGGACCUCCCAGCGCCGCUUCCUCGACGGGGACCAGCUCACGUCAGCUGACUGCAACCUGCUGCCCAAGCUCAACAUCGUGCAGAUUGUCUGCCAGCAUUAUCGCCACUUCGGGAUCCCCAAGGACCUGCGGGGUGUGUGGCGCUACCUUAACAACGCCAGCGAAACCAAGGAGUUCAAAUACACCUGCCCCAACAGUGAGGAGAUAGUUCAGGCCUAUCGCUCCGUGGUCCGGUCUCCGUAG